AUGUCGGGUUGGUCCCCAGAUUUGAACACCUUCACGGAUCUCUUGCAAUCCGAUGGGUCACCUACAACCCUUCCGUUAGAUGAGUCUUCUUCACUACAUCGUCGCUACGAUGUUUCAACCUCACUCCCCCGUGCACUAUUUCCGGCUGCGCGUCCACCACCAUACCCUUAUCCCUAUCAUUUGUAUCAAUAUCCACCGUCUUCAUAUGGUCAACCUCCAACUUCCCAAGCCGGAAUUCAAGCCUCAUUCCCGGUACGUCUGUAUGCCCCUCCCCCACCUGCUGCGGACGGAAGUCAAGCUUCUUUCCAGAUACCUCCAUACGCCCCUCCUCCAUAUGCUCCACCUCCGUAUGGAGUACCUCCUUAUGCUCCACCUCCGUAUGGAGCACCUCAUCCAUAUGCUCCACCUACGUAUGGAGCACCUCCUCCAGUUGCACCUUUAUCUGUUGGAUCUGAAAACCAAGCUGAGGAAAAUCCCGUGCCGAAGGAAAAGCGUCCAAAGAGGCUAGAGUGGACGAAGGAAGACGAGGAAAAGCUGGUUAAUGCUUGGUUUAUGCAUUCUAAUGAUCCCAUCUCCGGCAACAAUAAGAGCGGAUCAAGUUUCUGGGGCCAAAUAGCGGCAACAUAUAACUCCACCUCCGACCCUAUCCGUCAUCGAACCGCCAAGCAACUUAAAGAUCAUUGGGUCACCUAA